AUGGACAAGCUGCCCCCCUCCAUGCGCAAGAGGCUCUACAGCCUGCCCCAGCAGAUAGGACCCAAGGCGUCGAUCAUGGAUGAGGAGGAAGACAGCGACAAGGACACCCGGAGGAAAAGCAUCAGGCUCAAGCCACUGCCUUCGCCCUCUGCUGGGAGCACCCGGGCACUCGGGGGAGACCCCAGCAGAGGGGGAGACCCCGGCCUUCUGGAGACGGAGGCAGGCAGCAAAGGCGCCAAGACCAGCACCAACGGGGACUGCCGCCGCUUCAAAGGGAGCCUGUCCUCGCUGACCAGCAGGCACCUCCACGAUGCGGCUGAGGAGAAGAGGCUGAUCGGCGGCGAAGGGGAGCCAGCCUCCCCCGGAGAGGACAAGAGCCCCCCUGGCAGUGGGGAGACGGAGCAGGGACUGCCAGCACCCCCGCCACCGGCAUCCCCCCCGGAGUCCCAGCAGCAGCCCCCCCGGGCUUGCUCCUCUACCUCCAUCAAAGUGGAAGGAGGUGGAGGGUGCGAUCAGAUCACCCCAGAUGAGGAGCAGAGGCUGGGCCAAGCCGGUUUCAUGCAGAGGCAGUUCGGGGCCAUGCUCCAGCCGGGGGUCAACAAAUUCUCCUUGAGGAUGUUUGGCAGCCAGAAGGCCGUGGAGAGGGAGCAGGAAAGGGUUAAGUCUGCCGGGUUCUGGAUCAUCCAUCCCUACAGUGACUUCAGGUUUUAUUGGGAUUUGACCAUGCUGCUGCUGAUGGUAGGGAACCUGAUCAUCAUCCCUGUGGGCAUCACUUUCUUCAAGGAUGAAAACACUACCCCGUGGAUUGUCUUCAAUGUGGUUUCGGACACGUUCUUCCUCAUCGACCUUGUCCUCAACUUCCGAACAGGCAUCGUGGUGGAGGACAACACGGAAAUCAUCCUAGACCCACAGCGGAUCAAGAUGAAGUACCUGAAGAGCUGGUUUGUGGUGGAUUUUAUCUCCUCCAUCCCCGUUGACUACAUCUUCCUGAUUGUUGAAACCCGCAUUGACUCUGAAGUGUACAAGACAGCCCGGGCGCUGCGCAUCGUGCGCUUCACUAAGAUCCUCAGCCUCCUGCGGCUCCUGCGGCUCUCCCGGCUCAUCCGCUACAUUCAUCAGUGGGAGGAGAUCUUCCACAUGACCUAUGAUCUGGCUAGCGCGGUGGUGCGCAUUGUGAACCUGAUCGGGAUGAUGCUGCUGCUGUGUCACUGGGAUGGCUGCCUCCAGUUCCUCGUGCCCAUGCUGCAGGACUUCCCUGAUGACUGCUGGGUAUCCCUCAACCGCAUGGUGAAUGACUCCUGGGGGAAGCAGUAUUCCUAUGCGCUGUUCAAGGCAAUGAGUCACAUGCUCUGCAUUGGGUACGGGCAGCAGGCGCCCGUUGGCAUGUCAGAUGUGUGGCUCACUAUGCUGAGCAUGAUUGUCGGUGCCACCUGCUAUGCCAUGUUCAUCGGCCAUGCCACAGCCCUAAUCCAGUCUCUGGACUCCUCACGGCGUCAGUACCAGGAGAAGUACAAACAAGUGGAGCAGUAUAUGUCCUUCCACAAGCUCCCUGCGGACAUGCGGCAGCGCAUCCAUGACUACUACGAGCACCGCUACCAGGGGAAGAUGUUCGAUGAGGAGAGCAUCCUGGGAGAGCUGAGCGAGCCCCUCCGAGAGGAAAUCAUCAAUUUCAACUGCCGGAAGCUGGUUGCGUCGAUGCCCCUCUUCGCCAACGCAGAUCCCAACUUUGUGACAUCCAUGUUGACCAAGCUGCGGUUCGAGGUGUUCCAGCCUGGGGAUUACAUCAUCCGGGAGGGCACCAUUGGCAAGAAGAUGUACUUCAUCCAGCACGGCGUGGUGAGCGUCCUCACCAAAGGCAACAAGGAGACCAAGCUGGCAGAUGGCUCCUACUUUGGAGAAAUUUGCCUGCUGACUCGUGGCCGGCGCACAGCCAGUGUGCGAGCCGAUACCUACUGCCGGCUCUACUCCCUCUCGGUGGACAACUUCAACGAGGUUCUGGAAGAGUAUCCCAUGAUGCGGCGAGCUUUUGAAACAGUGGCUCUUGACAGGCUGGACAGAAUUGGUAAGAAAAAUUCCAUUCUGCUGCAUAAAGUCCAGCAUGACCUCAAUUCAGGUGUUUUCAACUACCAAGAGAAUGAGAUCAUCCAGCAGAUUGUGCAGCACGACAGAGAGAUGGCACACUGUGCUCACAAUGUCCAGGCUGCUGCUGCUGCUGCCGCUGCCGCCGCAUCCACCCCCACGCCCGUCAUCUGGACUCCACUGAUCCAGGCACCCCUGCAGGCUGCAGCAGCCACCACUUCUGUCGCGAUAGCUCUGACCCACCACCCACGCCUCCCCACAGCCAUCUUCCGGCCCCCGGUGUCUGUCCUGGGUUCCCUGGGGCAGCAGUCCAGCCAGACCCCGAGGCAGCUGAAAAGGCUUCAGUCUCUAAUCCCAUCGGCCGGGCCUUCCGCCGUCGGCUCCCCCUCCAGCACUCCAUCCCAGCUGCACACACCGGGAGCAGAAACCCCAUCGUCCUCUUCCUACCACAUCCAGCAGCUCGCAGGAUACUCGGCCGCCGCUGGCUUAGGCCAGUUCCAGGUGGGAUCCCCUCCCGCUGGCUCGAGCCAGACGGGUUUGAGUGGUGCGUCCUCUGUGGCACUGAGCCAGCUCCAACAAGCACCUUCCGGAUCACCUUUAGGGACAGCUCAGCCCACCCAGCAGCAGCAGCAACAACAGCAGCAGCAGCAGCAGCAGCAGCAGCAGCAGCAGCCACCCCUUCCCAGCAGUGGAUUCGGGCACUUCCAGCAAGCCACAACUAGCUCUCCAUCAGCAUCACUCACCCAGCUCGCAUCGAAUUCACCCCCCGGCCUUCUCAACCAGUUCCAGCCCACCACGAGACCACUGCAGGGGGGACAGUUACAGCAGCUCUCAGGCAGUGGGACUUUGGGGGGAAUUAAUCACUUCCAGCCCCCUCCUUCUUCCAACUCGCCAUCCGCCAGCCUAAGCCAGCUGGCACAGGCCUCUGGUGGGCCGUCCUCAGGCCUGUGCCAAACGCAUCCAAGUGCAUUAGGGUCUGUAACUGGCACGAUAGCCCAGCUCCACCAGGAACGGUCGCCUUUUGCCUCCAUGUCUCCUCUCCAACAGUCUGGCAUCGCCUCUCCCUGUUACACCCCUUCUGGCCUUAGUCCUCCUACUCAGAGCCCAGUGGCAACAAGAACUUUUCAGUGUGGCCCUUCUGGGGCCUCAGGCUCUCACGGCUCUCUGCUCCUGCCUCAGACGGCCAGCCCACCUCCGCAGAUCCUGCAGUCCAAGAGCACGCCGCCCGUGCCACCCGGACGCCUGAACCAGGACAUCAAGUUGAUUUCUGCUUCCCAGCCAUCUUUGCCCCAAGAGCUGGCUCAGACACUGAGCCAAAGUUCUCAUUCCUCUAGAGAAUCUGUUUCCAGCUUCUCUCCUUUUCCUGGUGGAGGGACUGGACUUCUCGGGAAGCCUUGUAGCUCAAUUCCUGGGCGCGUGACUUUACCACGUCAGAUGUCCUCAGGUUCUUUACCACAUCCGCUGGUGUUUGGGGCCAGCGCUGCGGGCACUGCUUCCCUGACUGCUGGUGGGCGGAAAGAAUCCAUAGUGCUCACGGGGGAUCUGGAGCCUGUCAGAUCCAAACUGCCCUCCAAUUUGUGAGGACUCCUGAGAGCUGUUUAUGUCAGCCGUGCAAUUCGGUUCCCAAUUAGACUUUCAUUAAUCUUUCUUUUUUUUUUUUAUUUUCCCUCUUUUUCCUCCAUUUCUUUUGUUUAGGUUUAACUGUGAUUAGAAACAAACAAACAAACAAAAACACAUGAAAAACAACAAAAAAAAAGAAGAUAACCAGGUAUUCUUAGAGCUAUAGAUUUUUGGUCACUUGAUUUUAUAGAAUAUUUUAAUACAUGGAACAAAAGGAUAUGAGCAAAUUUAAUCCAACGAGGUAACACACAGACGAGGCGUGUGCCUGAGCUGGAACAUGUGAAAUGAUCAGCCAUAGAAGCCACCAAAAAAGGUUUUCCUGUUGAGACAAAGAUCCGAGGUUGACGUGGGCCAGAGAAGGGAGCAUCAGGUCAGGCCCGUAGCUGGUGUAUUUGGAACAGCUCUGGUUGGCCUCAGCUUAGCACCGCUUUGCACCAGCCUGGUGCACCUGAACCUGGCCUGUGGCACCGAGACAUGGGGGGACUCGGAUGGCUCACCACACGCAUCGGAAAGUUUCACUGCCUCCCAGAUUUUCUCCUGGGAUCAGCAGGGCGCAGAGGAGGCAAGAAGAGUAGCGAGUUUCACUAACACAGUCCCCUCUGCGGAUUUCAGAAGAGCUGAGUUGUUUUUUUGGACUCCAUCUGAAGAAGAGGAGGGUGACCAGGAGAUGGAUGGGCCUGACUGCAGCUGCUUGUCUCGUUCCACCAAUGCUCUGAAGGAGAAGUCCCGUCGCUGCCAGCCUGCUGGCUGCAGCAGAAGAAUCACAGAAUCGCAGAAUGGCUGAGGUUGGAAGGGACCUCUGAAGAUCACCUGGUCCAAUUCCCUGCCGAGCAGGAUCACCUAGAGCACCUUGAGGAUGGCAGCCUCAGCGUCUUCGCGGUGUGCACAGCGUGCGUGCUGCCCUCCAGGCUGGGGCGUGCAGAGCAAGGGAGGGAUGAAGAAAGGCAGCACAUUAAUCUUCCCUCUCGGUCUCGGUGUCUCGGUGUCCAUGGGCUGACUGCUCUGAAGAGAACCGGGUAGGGUAAGAUGGCAAGGUGGGGUGCAGUCGCCCCGGCCCUCCUCCCCCUUAGCCCAGGGGAGUCUGAGCUCGGAGGCACUGAGGGCAACACCGGUGCCCAGCCAAGAAUCCUUCAGAUUUGCAACUACAUUCAUACCAUUAAAACAGAUUAAACCAGAAAUUCGGCCAGCCGUGGUCCAUGCUUCUCCUCUGAUGGGGGAAUCGAAAUCGUUUGCUUGAGUUCACCAGCAAUAACAGCCUGCACCUGAUUGAUUGGCUUUGGUCUCGCCCUGCAGUUGCAGCAUCACUGGACACAUCUGGGGCCUGGCAGGCACCUUGAGCUGGAAAGUUUGGGCUCCCCUGAUUUAAGGCAAAGUGGGAUGAAGACAGAAUGGGGCCUUUUGGUGCACACAGCACUGAGAAGCUACAGCCUUUACCUCUAGAGCAAAUGUCUCCUUUUCUUUUGAUUCUUUCUUUCUCUUUGUUUUUUCAGUAGGCCAAGAGGUGUCUCCAGCCACCUCAAUGUAAAGAGUCAGGUGCUCAACUUUUCUAACACUUGUUAGAAACCCUUGUCCGGCUUCCCUCUGUUUCUAGCUAUCUUGGAGUCCCUCCAGCCCACAGAGGGAAAGCGGAACUUCAUGCAGCAGUGCCAAAAAACUUAAUAUUAUCACAGUAACGAUACAGGUCCAUACAACCCCCUCUCUUACCUCCUUCCCCCAAAACCACUGGCUGACAGUUGAUUUUUAUACCGAAUUGUUUGCAAAACUCUUGACAUGUGCCUGUAUCUUGAAUGUUGCUGCAAGCAUUACUGGGCACUCUUGCUUCAACGUGCUUUGGUGGCUCAGAAUUCAGAUGUAAUCAGCUUCGGUCUUCCUUAAAGGGUCAGGGGAGCUCUAGAAAUGUUUUUUUCUACUAGCUACAUACAACUAUGUAUGUGUGAGUGUGUGUGGAGGGAGGGGUGUGUGUGUGUGUGUGUAUAGAUUUUUAUAUAUAUAUCUAUAUAUACACACAUGCUUUUAUAUAUAUAUAGUAUACAGUUAUACACAUAUGUAGUCUAUUUAUGCACAUGUGUAAGCACGCACACACACAUACACACACACACACACAUUUAUAUAUAUAUGUAUCUCCUAGUUUUAAAAUACAUGUCAGUUUUGACCCUCCUGUAGGACUGAUUGGCAGGUGAUAAUUGUAACGCAUAGCUCCUGCUUUUCCAAAACAUGUACAGGUUCAUCUUGAAACAGAAUCAGUUGACGGAAUUGAAGCAGAGUCACAGACCCUCUCAUAAGUUCAAAGGUACGAGUUCCUAGAGGAAGACUCACGAUAUCCUUUCAAGUAUUAUAUUUGUUUUAACAACCUUUUUUACCCCGUAUGCCAGAGGGCCCCCUAGAGCAAACAUCUCAAGAGGUUGGGAGUUAAGCUGUUUGGGUCUGGGGAAUUCGAUACAAACAGGUGGGAAAGGUCUUCAGCCCAGCAAUGCCAAGCCCUCGUGGAUGACUGUCCCGUGACUGCUGCAUUGGUACUUGAAUCUCAACAACCCCUGUGGACACUCAGACAAAUGGAGGUGCACAGAAACACCCUGAGGGCUGUCUCUGGUAGACGUGCGUUCCUUCCGCCAGGCCGGUGAACAUCCUGCGUUCGGUUGGGUUCCUUCGCUUUGAUUUUCACGGGGGUGCUGUUUGAUUUUCCAGUUCUUAGCGGUGCAGUAGCCAAUAUUGAGUUACUCCGACUGGACCCCAGUCAACACUAGGCUUGUCUCAGUAGGUGGAACUAUAUUAAUUAUUAUUGUUAUUUUUUGUUUUAUUUCGGGGGGAAGGGAGGGAAGAGUUCUAGGGGUGGGGUUUGCAAUAUAAAACACACAAUAAAAAACCUUAGUAAAUAAAAAAGUAAAAACCCAGCCCUCUGACUUGCUGUCUGCUUUGAGUGUUGAAAUUCAGGCACUGUGGGAGGAGGUUUCAAGAAGAAAAAAAACACCUCGUUUGUCAUUUCAGCCCUCCCUGCCCUACUGGAGAGAGAUGAUGAAA